CCCGUUAAAAUAUACCACGCGGAAGUAAACAAAUACACGAAGGCCAAAUGGAUUUUGAAGGGUUAGGACUACAUGAUUGGUUAUCCAAUCAGUGUAAGACGAUGGGGCUUACAAAACCUUCAGGCAUUCAGGAAAAUUGUAUUCCCCACAUUUUGAAAGGUGAAGACUGCAUUGGGUGUGCAAAGACAGGAAGUGGGAAGACAGCUGCAUUUGCUUUACCCAUCUUACAAAAACUGUCAGAGGAUCCAUUCGGCAUCUUUGCUCUUGUUCUUACACCAACACGGGAACUGGCUUUCCAGAUUUCAGAACAGUUUAAUGUUCUAGGGAAACCUAUAGGUGUAAGGGUUUCUGUUAUCACAGGAGGUCUAGAUAUGAUGCAACAAGGGUUAGACUUGUCUGUGAAGCCUCACAUUGUCAUUUCAACACCCGGCCGACUUGCAGAUCAUCUUGAAAGCUGUGAUACAUUUAGCCUUAAGAAAAUCAAGUUUCUGGUUUUGGAUGAAGCAGAUAGAUUGAUAGAAGAUGACUAUGGGGAACAGUUAGAGACAAUAUUCAAAGUGUUGCCACGGAAACGCCAGACAUUGCUCUUCAGUGCCACAAUGACACAGACGUUGCACCAGCUGCAGGAAGUUGCUCUAAAUAAACCAUUUUUCUGGCAACAGCCAUCAGAAGUUGCGACUGUGGAGCAGUUAAAGCAGUAUUAUGUUUUGAUGUCGGCAGAUGUAAAAGAUGCCUAUAUGAUGCACGUGUUGGAUAUGUACUGUGAGGCCCAUCCUAAAUCCUCAAUAAUGAUCUUCACAUCAACUUGCAAGUAUACACAGAUACUUGGCAUGAUCUGUCAGGAACUGGGAUUUGACUGUGUUGUUCUUCACUCGUUGAUCAGACAGAAAGAACGUCUUGCAGCUCUUGCAAAAUUUAAAUCUAAUCAAGUGAAGAUUCUCAUUGCAACUGAUGUUGCUUCUAGAGGUUUGGAUAUUCCAACAGUGGACCUGAUCAUCAACCACAAUAUUCCAAACAAACCAAAAAAUUAUAUCCACAGAGUAGGUCGCACAGCAAGAGCAGGCAGAGGGGGUACAGCAGUUUCCUUGGUAACACAGUUUGACAUAAAACUGGUUCAUGCUAUAGAAGCUAUCAUAAAUACAAAGCUUGAAGACUAUCCCACACAUGAGAAGGAGGUCAUGAAGAUACUAACUGAAGUUGCUGUGGCACGUAGAGAGGCAGAAAUUAGACUUGAUGAGAGAGACUUUGGCCAACAGAAGGAAAUAAACAAGAGGAAAAAGCUGAUUCAAGAAGGAAAGGACCCAGAAGAAGAAGAGAGAAAAAGGCUAAAGCUAGUCAAACAGAAGUUUAGAAAACACCGAGCAAAGAUGCGGGAAAAGGAAGAAAAAAUGAAACAGAAAAAUGCCAAAGAUUUAUCAGAGACAGUAGGAACUCCUGGUGAAGCGACAACAUCAACCACUGAAACAGAAGGACAGGGGAGACAAAAAGACUCAAUCAAAACAGUAAUCAGGUUGAAAACAAUGGAAACUAUUAAAAAUAACACAAAGGAAGAUUUAAAAAAGAAAAUGAAACAAAAGAAUGUGAAAAUGAAAUUAAAAUCUUGAAUUAAAGGCUUUUGAAAGGAUAA